GAAGACAGCUCGUCGUGCGAUGUGGGCAGGAUGCGGGAUGACGACUCUGAAGCCUCCAGCGUCUGCUCCGAGCGGAGUCUUGACUCAUAUAGAAGACAUGAUAGCGUGUCGUGGUCGGGGUCGGCGACGCGGCUGGGCUGGGAGUGCGGCUCGCCGCCGCCGCCGCCGCCGCCCGACGACAUCAUCGCGCUGUGCGCCUCCACGCACUGGACCGAGCGCAAGGACGGGCUCACGCACCUGGCUAACUACCUAAACAGCGGGCGUCUUCUUACGGACGAACAACUGAAGCGCCUUACCGACCUUCUCAAUAAGAUGUUCGUGGACGCACACACGAAGGUGUUCUCCCUGUUGCUGGAUGCCGUGUGCGAACUGCUGCUCGUGCAUUGGCAGCAGUUGAAGGACUGGCUCUACCAGCUUAUGUUCAGGUUACUCAUGAAGUUGGGCACGGACAUCCUGGGCUCGGUGCAGAGUAAAAUCAUGAAGACGUUGGAUGUCAUCCACGAGUGCUUCCCUGCCGAGUUGCAGCUCCAUAACAUAUUCAGGUUCCUAGCGGACAGUGCGACGGCGCCCACGGCCAAGACGAAAGCAGCAGCGCUUAGGUUUCUAGCAGACUUGGCGCACGACUACUGCACGCCCAAUAGCCUCGCUGUUGCAUUACAAGGCGGCGCCGGCGGCUUCGCGGGCCGCGCGCUCGCCAAGGUGUCGCUGCUGGCGCAGGACCCGCGCCAGGGCGACGUGCGCCAGAGCGCGCGCCGGGCGCUGGCCUGCCUCUACGACUGCAACCCCGUGCCGUUCACGGCGUUGAUGAGCGAGCUGCCAGCGGAGACGCAGGCCAUGGUCAACGGCGUUCUACAGCAACACGUGCGCCGGACCUCCUCAACCGGCAGCGACAGCCCCCUCCGUACCUCGAGCGCAACAUCAAACUGCGCAAACGCAGAAGACGUGUACUCACGAAUUAGGAAAACGACAACCGAAAUCCACACUUACACUGCGCAACACGCGAAUGCGGAGUGCGGCAACCACAUGUCCAGCAAGGACUCUGGGAUCAGCCAGAUGUCUGACGUCACGUUAUCCAACCGAGGACAGAACGGGAUACCCAAUGGACAUUAUAAUGCUGAGGUGGCGCGCGCAGCUUCAGCAGACAGCUCCGAAGAGGCCAACAGCACGAAGGAAUCUUCGCCUGUGCCUGCGCACAACAGGCUCGAUUUCGGACAACACCCUGACUACACCUCCGCGCAUCUUGGACGAGACAAAAUUAAGCCCUAUGAGACUGAUGAAGACGGAUUUAUAAUAACUAAAUCCGGUCUGAAAGAGCAAGAGGUGCUGGAGGCCCUGUGCAAGCUGGACGUGGCGCAGGCGCCGGCGGAGCAGUGGGAACGGCUGCUGCUGGCCACGCACGAGAUCCUCAAGUACGGCGACUGCCGCAAGCCCUGCGAGUACUUCAAAAACAUAGUACGAGUGGCUCUUGCCGCGUUGUCAAUAGACGAGAAUUCCGGUGAUAAGGAGAAUUCGGAGAGCGCUUCAAACGCGUCUUCUGGUUGGGCCACGGCGAACGAGCGCGCGGCGGCGGAAGCGGUGAAAGUCCUCAUCUGGCUCUGCAGAAGACCAGAAACGCGGCCUCAAUGGCUGGACUACUUCGACCUGAUACUGCUGAAGCUGAUCAACGCGUACGGCGCCUUGAACAAGGAGGUGAUGCGCGCCGUGGACGCCGGCAUGGCGCACGUUGCGCACGCGCUGCCCGCGCACCAGGUGCUGGCGCUGCUGAAGCCGGUGAUCCGCACGCGCGGCUACCCCACGUCGCUGUGCGCGCUGAAGCUGGCCACCGAAGUGGCCAAGGCGCGCAGCCACGAGCUCAGCGACGACGUGGUCGAGCAGCUCAUGGAGGGCGUCGCGCAGCUGGCUGACCACCAGAACUCUGCUGUGCGCAAGGCGGCCGUGUUCUGCAUGGUGGCGUUUACAUUCGCGCUGGGCGAAGAGAGGAUGCAGCCGCACCUCAAGCAUCUCAGCGUCAGCAAAUACCGGCUUCUGCACGUGUACAUCAGCAAGCAGCGCGAGGAGGCCAUGCGCGCGGGCGCGGCGCCCGCGCACUCGUAGCGGCGGCGCCGGCGCGCGCGCACCGUCACCCGCGGCACGCAGACCGGGGCCUAGGCGGCCCGUGCCCGAGCCCACUGAUUCUCUGGUCGCGACGAAGGGGGCGAGAGGUUUGGUUUUCUUUACGUCUUUACUAUUGCGUACGGUGACUUUGACACGGUUAUUCGUCUGCGAACCUUCAAAUCCUCGAACGAAACAAACAAGGAAACACUUUUUUCUGAGGUCCACGAGUCGACAUUUUUCGGUUUAAAGGUUUUUUUUUGUAUGGAAAGUGGUCUUUGAAGUCUAGUUAUUCAGUUACUUGAGCAGGAUUUAUGGUUUUCAGAUCAAUAACGAUUUUUUAAGUACCCACGUAGCUAACGUUCUGCAGUAACUUGUCAAUGUAUACAUUUAUCGAGUUGACGAUGUUAAAUUCGGACCCUUGUCGUGAUACGGCUUUGCUAAAGAAAUCCUUUACAUAAGAAUACCAGCGCCUCGUUCAGGGUUCAAUAGUAACUUGUCAACUUGUAAUUGUCCACCAUCUCGGUUUGUACAGGGUUAUUUUUUUUAAUGCACCUGUAACCUCAAAUGACCAGUGACCGAUAACUACGACUCGAGUCCUUUACGGCUUACGAAAAUUCCGGCAUUAAUUUUUUGAUAUUAAUUUUAUUAACCAUCAUGAUGGUAUUGAUUUGUUUUUAUAUAUCUAUACUAGACACUCGACCUGUAGCUCAGUUGGAACAUCGAUGGGGACGGAAUCCCGUGUCAUUAUAUGGCCACACCACCCUAUAUAUUUUUUAAUAUGAUAUUACCCACUGUAAUGUACUGCUAACGUACAUGAUGUACAUGUAUUUUUUAUGAAUGUACUACUAUUACAUUUUUAUUGAAUGUCAGAAUAUUUAACCAUCAUGAUAUUCAAUAUGUUUUGUGAAAUUGCUCCACUACUUUGUUAUAAUUAUUAAUAAUCGAUAAAUAGCAGUAAAAUGCAGUGGUUUUCCUAGCAUUCAUUCAUCAUAUAUUAGGUUUUUCAAGCGCCUUCAAAUGUAUGUACAUAAUACACUACGUUUGUACAUUGGCUAAAUUCAGAAAAAUAGCUAAAAUUGCAUUUGCCAGUAUUAAUAAUGGGUGGCAUGGUUACAAAGAAUUUUCCGUAGCAACGCCACCGUUGUUUCCUUUCUUUUAAUUUAAUAGUAGUACCUUCAGAAUAAAAAAAGUAGGGCGUCAUGGCUAUGUAGAAUGACACGUAAUCCCGUGGUCUCAAAUUCGAGUCCAGUUGUGUCGAAAGAAUUUGUCUGUGUUCGAUCUUUAUAUUUUAAUAACUGCCAUGAUAUACAUAUAUUUUUUUGUUAAAAUACUCUACUAGUUUGGUAUUAUUAUUGUCGAUCGAUAUUUGUUGUAGAAAUAUCUAUAAAAAACAAAGAAAUAUUCCUUCGAUCCAGUUGGAUUCGAACCAGCGACUGUUUACUAGCCCGGGGCUAACCGCUCUCCCAACUAUUCUACGGAUCUAAUCAGCAGACCGUAAGAAUUUCUCUGUAUCGGUCUAGUAAGAAUCUAGUUGUGUCGCAGGAGUUGUUCUUUGUUCGAUUUUCGUUCGUACCGACAAUAAUAUUUUUUAGACUUCAACAAACUUGCAUCGGCUUUCUAUCGAUUUUCAAAAAACAUACAAAAAUUGUGUUUGUUUUUGAAUUGCCUAUGGCUUCGGUAUAUUGGAAAAAUAACCCUGUAUUGUAGCGAAAUAUUCAUUGUUAAAGAAUCUCAAACGUUUGUUAAACCCUAUUGAGCUGUUUAUCUUAAGUUUACUUAAUAUUGUUUUUCUUAACUUGUUUCAUUCUUAUUAUGAAGUAAUAAUAGCAAAAAUUAUGUAACAAAAUCGUGGCAUACAGGAAAAUGAACAAAAUUUAAUAUAUUAUAUAUUUUGUAAAUUACAAACAAAACAAAUUACUAAUAAAAUAACUCCUAAUAAAAAUCUAGUCUCGAAUGAAAAUGACUGUUAAAUUUUGUUUAUUUUUUUCCCCCGGAAAUGACAAAAGACAUUUUAUUUUUCUUUAUUUAGAAAAAGGGCAAAGAAUGGUAACGCGCGCGUCGAAAGAUAUUUUAUAAGGCGUUAGAUAAGUGAUAGGAGCAAUUUUAAAUGAAAUUCCUUGAUUCCAUUCAUAGAGAACCAAUUUUUUAAUAUAACGUCAAACUUGGCAAGCACAGAACUGAUGCACCAAUGAAAACUCACUAUUCAAAUUUGGAACUAAAAGCGCACCAAUUGGAGAUCCUAUAUAGAACUACCAAUGAUAUCAUACCAACGAAAUCUUCAAAUUUGGAAUAAACCAAACACCAAUCAGAGAUGGUUUACAAUCAUAACUAUAGGUGCGAAUGUCAUUCAAAAUUGCAUCCUAAAGGCAGUAAGCUAAGGUAGUACGCGGUGUAUUGUCACGUUCGAUGUAUGUAUGUACAGGUUUUUUACAUGUCGCCAUUUGGAUAUUGUAUUUUGUAGCUUGAUUCGGUGUUAGUGUGAUUUUAAUAAAAUUUUCAAGAACAAUAAGUAAAAACAAUUAAAACAAAAUUAAAAAAAGAUGCUUCGCUAUAUCUUCACGUGAAUGGUUUAUACAGGUAGCACAUAAAACCUGGAUCCUACAGUUUGCCAUUCGGUACGUCUCUUAACUAACUGAAUUGGCGAAUAUUUCAAGGCAAAGCGUUUUCGGUUCAAGAUUUCACAUCUUAAUUCUAUUAGUGAAUUAGAUUCUGUCAGGUUUCAAUAUGUAUUCAUUUUCGCGUAAAUAGAAACGCACUGAUUUGACACGAGAGUCCGCGCUUUGAAAGGUCGCUUUAAAUUAUUGAAAGGAAGGAGGGAAUCGUAUGGAAGACACUGGUUUCAAAUCGUUUGGUAUAAUUUCUUUAGACCUUGUCAGUUCAUAAUUUAGUAACGGCGUCCAUUUUUUUUUCUUUAUCUCUUUCUAUUUAGGUCAGUCCGUAUGCACUUCAGUUUAUGGUCUUUGGAUCUUCUGUCGUCGUUCUUGUUUAGACUCCAACAACUUCAAUGGAAAGUACAUGGAACCAAUUUUGAUCCUAGGGACUCUCAAAACUCGAUAAUGGAACAACUGAUUUUGUUUUCAAAGCAAAUCUCCACUGUUUGUUCACUAACGUACGUACAUUCGAUGAUCAUUGUGGGGUGGCGAGGUCUCGGGUUCGAUUCCCGAUAGUACCACUUUUGGAAGUAAACUUUUCUAAAUUAAUUUUGGUCAGGAUGUUCUAGGUAAUGCGCCGGAGUGAAUUCCAUUGUUCUAGGUGGUUGAUGUGGUUGUCUGACAUAUUAUUAUGUCACGCCUGUCUCCCAUUUGAAUAAUGAACAUGGACAUUUCCCCCUUCGCUCCUGUCAAAUCUUUUUCGCCUCCUCCAAUCGCAUCUGUCCGUAAAUGCCCUAUUAUUCUUGGUACAUUUUUUGAGCUAUAUACUGGAUUUGCCAUUAAUAGAAAUAUGUUAAAGUCAUACUAACAUAACUGUGAGUAGAAAAGAGAUAGAUGUAAUUUAACAAUUUACACUUUAAAUCGUAAUGCAGAUACUAUAUAUGGAGAUAAGGUAAAUUCUUUCACAACGAGCUUUACUGCUGCUAAAUUCAGAUUAGACUUAGAUUCAGACUAUGAAUCAAGUGAAAGAAAUCCAGGCGGAUGUUGUCUGCACAAUUUUGCACCUAAUACAGCCACUUCGCAAUUUCUCGGCGUGUCGAUCAGUCAGGGCAAGUUGAAUUGAAUGCUAUCAUUGUAUCUCACCCUACGACUAAAUUAACACUGUUGUUAAAAAUCUUGUCAAAAUUCACCAAACGUUGUGACUAAUUUUGUACUGCAAAAUCCCGGUAACCAAUUCCAGUCUUCGACUACAUUCCGAUUCUACACAUUUUUCAUGGUAAAGUCCGUUAAAUUCCAUCGCCAUAUCGCAUAAUGGUAAUGAUAAUACCAAUUACAUUUAUCACCUGCACCAUAUUGUGUAAUGAUCGUACCAGUUACAUUUGUCUUCUACGCCACAUUGCGUAAUUAUCAUACCAAUUACACUUGUCUUCUACGCUAUGUUGUAUAAUAAUCGUACCAGUUACAUGUUGCGCGUGUGUAACCUGAAAAACUAAAAAUUCUACGAACAACAUGAAUAUUGAUUUCAAAAAUAUAUUGAGCACUACUCAAAAAACUGAGUCCUACAAAUAUCAGUGUUUAGUAGAUGUCCUCGUUAUAUACAUUCGUUUUACGUCGCUCAGUGUGAGUUGACCUUAAGGCUGUUACGGGCAAAUAUUAUUUUGCUUAAAAUGUGAUUUUGUAUGAAUGUUCAUGUAAAGAAUCUUGAACGUAUUUGUGUAAUGCAUUCCAUCUAAAUGAAAGCAACCGAGGACUUGAUUGUGUAUUUAUUAGUUAAAGUAUACAACAUCUUGUUAACUGAAUUACGCGCAAUUUAGUGGCGCGAAUUCCGCUGCAUUCGCUCCUAGCUUUAGCCGACAUUGUAUGACGAAAUUUUAUUGAAGAAAAUUUAAGCUACGGUAGAGGCUAUAUGGGGUAGUUACUAAUGUCGUAAUAGUCCGUCACGCUCGCUGGUCUUUUGUAUUAAUAAUAUUGAAGUGCGGAGGAACUCAAUCAAUUUAUCUCAUAUUUUUGUGAAACAAUGGUCGCUUUUCCCUUAUCACAAACUGCUUAUCAGACGUAGUUUCAAGAAAGUGAUGUAAUCAAUAUCAGGGUUACCAUACCUUAAAUUUUCUUCAUCGAUUGCUUUGUAAAUUGACAUUCGGGUGUUUGCGUAUGAAUAAUUUAUUUAACCUUUAUUGGUACUGUGGUCCACAAAGAUAUACGAAACUGUCAACAUUUCUUUAUUGUUAAUUGUACCUUACGAGUACGAGCGAUGCCACACGGGCGUUGCAUCGUCGCAACUGCGUUGUACUUACUACAUAUAAAUGAAUAGAAACAGCGUACGUCAACAGAACAGCUCGUGUGGCACUCAGUCCGUUGAAAUCAACGCAGUUGGGACGACGCAACGCGCGUGUGGCAUCUCCCUACUUCGUAAAUAAAUGACAAAUAUGACAGUUUGUAUAGCCUGAUGUGUGGAUAAGUGUUCGUGCCUUUGUGUCAGACAUUUCGUUGCAUUGUACAAAAACGUUGUUUUCGUUACGUUGUAAACAAGUUAUGAUGUUUUAUUAAAAAGGUAGCGUAAAAAUGGAAGCCGAAUUCCUAGUUAAAACAACGUGGCGCGGUAACGGAGUACCUCUACCGUGAGUUUAAAACGUUGAAAUUAUAGGUUUGUUAAAUAAAGUAUCACAAGUUUGCACAGCGUAGAGACGCGGACAACAACAUCAACUCAUUUAUAGUUGCCACUGCUGAGCACGGGUCUCCUUUCAGGCGAGGUUUUAGGCCAUAGUCCGCCAUGCUGGUCUAUUGCGGGUUGGGGACUUCAAGUUGUCGUGAACCUUCUUCGACGUGCAGGGUUCAUCACAAUGUUUUCCUUCAGCAAAAAACCCGUGGUUAAUAAAUUAAUUUCCUAAUUCCUCAGAGGUGAAUCCGGAUUCGAAGCCACGCUCUCGGCUUGAGAAGCCGCAUCCUGCCACGGCUCUAGUGGACCUAAGAAUCAAAAUAGUUUUAUUUGAUUUGCAAUGCAACAAUACAAUAAUAAUGGGGCAAAUAACUCGGCUGCAGGUGUACACAGCCCUCGCUGAAAUUCGAAUUAUGCACAAACAUAAUCCCUGUCCAUUUUACUGACAAGAAAUUUAAUAUCGUCAUCAACACAACUUGACAUUCGUUUUCAUAUUAAUAGUCAAGUGGUCAGUGAUGGUUUAACGGUUCUUGGAAAAGUAACUGACUUACCCAACUGUAAGCACCAUAUAUUUUUAACCGACUGCAAAAAAUGUUUUUGUGUGGUGUUAUUCAAAUUUAAAGAACAUAUUCCACCUUUAAGAGUUGCAAAUUAAGGGAUAAUUCCGGUUCGCUCACUGUCCGUUAACCGAUUUCAAUAAAUUUGGCAC